AUGGCUGAACCCCCAAACACCAUCUUCAACUUCAGAAAGGAGCUCAUGGUUUUCCCCAUAGGUGACCAUAAGCCAACUCUGAGACCAGCCCAUUUUCUCAACCCAUCUGUGAAUCUCACUGAUGAAACAAUCUUUGAGCUUCCUUCACUCUCUCCCUCUUCACUACCACCCACUUUUGAGCCCUCAAAAUGGCCUUUGAAGCUCACAUUCAAUGGUUUGCGUUGGCAACCACCGACAAAUUGGAAAGCUUGGGUCGAUUCCUUGCGUCCCAAGUAUCAAUCUAUAUGGAAGAAAGCAGGUAUUUUUGAAGCCAUCAUGAAUUCCACAUACACAAUCCGAAAAAACGAUGAUUUGGUUCUUGGUAUUGCUGAGAGAUGGUGUUGUAAAACCAAUACGUUUAUUUUUCCUUGGGGUGAAGCAACACUCACAUUGGAGGAUACAAUGGUUUUGGGCGGUUUCUCUGUUUUGGGGCACUCUGUUUAUGUUUCUUUGGAAACCCAAGAGUUGAAGGAAAUAGAGGAGAAGCUGGUUCAAGCUAGAGUAGAAACUGGGAGGAGUAAAGCUCGUAAGGCUCGCCCAUUGCAGUGGAUGAAGUUGUUAAGGAAUAGUGGGAGUGAAAUAGAGCAUGAAGCAUUUCUUGUUAUGUGGUUGUCAAUGUUCGUUCUUCCUAAUUCUAACUUGAUUAGGAAGCAAGUUUUUCCCAUUGCUAUUCACCUUGCUAGAGGAACCCGCAUCGCGCUUGCCCCUGCAGUUCUUUCUAGCAUUUACAGGGAUUUGUGUUUGUUGAAAAAAACCAUUGUUGGUUUGAACAAAUUUGACCCUGGUGAUGAUGAAAAUAGUGUGUUAGAAGUGAUCAUUCGGUCACCGUUUCAACUAGUUCAGCUUUGGGUAUGGGAGAGAUUUCAAGCAUUGCAGCCAAACCCCAAGUUGGUCCUAUGUGGUGAGCCUGUGUUUGCUAAAUGGCAUAGAGUUAAAAGUGUGAAUGUUGAGAAUGUGAGGUUGGCUCUAGACUCGGCUGGGGACACUUUUCUUUGGUUUCCUUAUGCUUCGUAUACUUGUAACUCGGAUUUCCCGAGAUUUUAUGGAGAAAAGGAAAUGUGGGUACCGGUUGAUCCUAAUUUGGAUGAAGAAAUAGAGACAUUUGCUAGGUGCUUGAGGGUCUCCCAGCUUGUUGGACUUGGCUGUAUAGAAAAGUACUUUCCACAUAGAGUUGCAAUGCAAUUUGGAAUGGAUCAAGAUGUUCCAGGUUGUGUUACUCAAUGCAAAAAGACUCCUGAAAUUGCCUGGAACGAUUACGGUAAGCUGAUAAGUGAUUUGAAAUUAUAUGUUCCAUCAAGGUAUUGUGAGAGUGGUGUUACCUCUCGUUACUUGAAGUGGUGGAAGCAAUCAAAAAUAUCAGGCCAGCAAGACUCGAUUAAGCUUAUUGCAAGAAGGCAAAGAAGCAUGAGAAUGCUAAAUCAGGCACCACAGGCUUCGAAAGGCAACGACGGUGAUGUUUCUCCUGGUUUUCCUCCCAAUUUUGACAAGGUCAAAGCAGGGAACUCUGUCAAUGUAGAUAAACGUAAACCAACAGUUGAGGAAGAUAUAACAACACAGAAACAGGUACCAAUGUCUUCAAUAGGAAGGAAGGGAGGUAAUGAUGCUGAUGUUCCGCCUGGUUUCCCUCCAAAACGUAAAAAGGUUGAAGUAGGGAACUCUAUCAAGCAAGUCAAAUCAGCAAGUGAGGGAAUGAUAUCUUAUGGCAUGCAUGAAAGUGUAGCUAAAAGUUUUUCAUGUGGAAAAGAUGGAGUCAAUGAUGGAGCUAUUAGAGAGAUGGAGCCAAUGAUGAAACCCGUGGAAAUACUUACAGGUGAAGCUGAAGUAAGAGGUUUAGAGAGAGCCAUGGAAGGUACAAGUGAGGGCAAUGCAGGAAGCGUUGUUUACAACAGGGUGAACAUCUAUGAUAAUGAAGGAGAAGGUAGUAGCUUCAAACCUGAAAUACCAGGACUGGAACUUAAAGGUCGGAUUAUUAUGCUUGAAAGAGAGGUUGUUAAGCUAAAAGCAGCAAUUUUUGGCAACAGGUUUGAGGAAAUACCUACCAGAGAAUGCAGGUCUGCCCAAUAG